GGUGUAUUUAUCUACAUUGUUUGUAAUGAAACACGAAUAAGUGUCGGCACAUACAAGUAUCUGAUGAUUUCAUUCAGUAUUUGUAACAUCCUCUAUUCGUCUGCUGAAUAUUUCAGCCAACCGGCUGUUCACAUCUAUGGAACAUCAUACAUAGCCUAUAGCAAUGGUUUUCUCGCUCAUGCAAAACCCUGAGGCAGCUAUACCAUUUUUGUUAGCGUACUUGCCACGCUUUGUUAUGUUUUUCGCCGUAAUCAUGGGAUAUCCUCCACCGAGAAUUUAUUCUUUUGUUCCUCUCGUCAUAACCUUGUACACAGUCCUGGAUCCCAUUGCCAUUAUUAUAUUCAUAAAGGACUACAGAAGAGCUGUGGGAAAGUUGAUUAGGAAACCGUACGAACUUUUGAAGACUUUACAAGUACGACCUGUGCCUGCUAUUCGAUUGUCAGACUGCAACGAAAGUUCUUCACCUUUAAAUGUUGAUGGAGUUUUAAUUGCUUAA